AUGAUUUUGACUGUUGUUUCAGAAUGCGCUCCAGAUAUUAUAUGCAUAGAUGAGAUACAGCCCGAGGUGCAAACGGCGCCCCUAACGAGUGAAGAAAGUGACACGGCUGAUACUGAAGGUCGAUUGUCGCUAGAGAGUUCACCGCUACGACAACGACGUGCGGGAAUUUUGAAGGGCGGGAGGCUCUGGAAAUCCUUGGACAAUGACAAGGAGGGCAGUGAACAGAACGACGAUCAGCGGUCAACAACAGCCAGCGACGAAGACGGGUCUGUCACACCCAGAUCGGUACGAUUCGUUGAACGAGCAAAAGAAGCGGAGGAUGAGGAGAAAAAUAAAAACACAACUACGGGUCAGCAAACACAAAACUUGGAUGAAAUACAAAGGGAAAUCCCCUCUACGCAUAGAUUGGAUACUCCGCUCAUACUAACAGCGAAUGCGUCGAAGUCAAAUUCUGCGGUACAACAACUGUUUACCAGUAAUCGACCUCCACCACCCGCUAUAGAACCACAGCUAAUCACAUCAGAAACGUUACGAGCUUGGGACGCUGGCGUAAGACCGAAGGCGGAAGAUGCAGCGGUACGACGAGUAGCUGAAAGAAAUGCUAUCAGGUGUUCACUUCUCCGAACAGAAACGAGGAAAAAGCAACAGCCAAAGCAGCAAGAAGGGACGUCACUCUCUGAAAGGAUUCGGUUGCUAACUUGCGAUGUCGAAGAUGAAGCGGAGGAACAACGAUCAUCACCAGCUGGAGCCAGUGUCGACAAAUUCUCAAGCAGCAGUGACAAAUCCAGCGACAAGUCGUUCAACGGUGUCGACAAGAGCAAUGAGAAGGCGUUCGGCAGCGGUUCAUCGAGUUCUUCCUCGUCGACAUUGUCGGCUCCGCCCACGCGCCAGCGACCGCCAGACUUGGGAGACGUUCAUCAAGAACCACACAAGCCUCGACCGGAACCGCGUAGGCAAUUCCUGUCAACGCUUGCUCCUCUUACGGCCUGUGUGGGAAAUGCAGGUCAUCACGAAGGAUUCUACUACGUGGCACCAGGAGAUCGCACUACUGCUUCCGCAAACACUGAGGUGGACCUGCGUGAGAUCAAUGAUGCUCCAGCCCCAGAUGUCAUCGCGGGCACACCUGGUGCUACAGAGAAUGAUGAUAGCUUGGCAGCGUUCGCCAGGGCGUCUGCUCCUAGGACAGAGAGAUUACGCCAACGGUACGGCCAAGAUUCGCAGCCGGUCAGCAGUGAUGAUGAGCAUGAUGAUUAUGGUUUCCAUCGUCGGCCAGCGGUCAGAGGCAUAGCAGUAAAGCAGCAGUUAGGCGCUUCGGAUGAUAUUUUGCAGCAGAUGCAGAAUGAAUUGCAGCCUACACCAAGCUCGACUCCAAUGCAGAUGCCGACUCACGCCUGUCAACGCACUACAAGUGCGAAUUACGCUUGGCCAUAUUACUCUGAAGCAAAUCUCAACUCGCGACCGCAGAGCAGGGCUAGUGUUCAUACUAAUUGGUCUACAAAAUCUUCAGAUUACGUCACAGCCCGUCAGUGCAACUCUACUCCAGUUCCACAGCAACACACAGACGCAUGCUACGCACACGCUCAAAACAUGGCCUCGUACACACAUUACCAACAGCAUCGUCAACAGCAAGACAAUAUGUACAGAAAUAAUUGCUCACUUUACGCUAAUAUUGGGUGCUCGGAUAGUAGUCAGGAACUUUAUAGUUCUCAAACGAGUUCAGAACAAGCUUCGCCUGUGCGGUCUUCCUCUCGAUGUCGAAGGCCAGAGUCACCGCCGCCUAUCAGAAGUCAUCAUCAGCUUCUCUACGUGCCAUAUAGCAACCAUUAUCAUUAUCAACAUGACUACACCCAACAAUGGACCGCUAAUGACUAUGGCCGCAUGCAUUCCUACUAUCAGCAACAAACCCGUAGCGGAGCCAGUACGCCUCAACCUGUGUCAGCUCAGUCGCAACCCGUCGCUGCUCAACCCCAGCGGGCACAUUAUACCCAUCCUUUGCAGUUACAAACUUUAUGCCCUGCGCCGGCGCGAUACAGAACUGUACCCGCUCCCCAGCCUGGUGGAGGCAAACAGAUGAUAUGCUAUUCGGAGAAGGUGGCGCCUCCAAUGUACCAACCGGCACCGGGAUCGCCAUCGAGAGCGGCUCGGGGUGCACCAGAAGGGGCCCCAUCUGGGACAAAUGCAAAAACAAACACAACUUCGCCAAUGACUGUCCCUCCGAAUCCAAUAUACUAUGCUAUGAACGUCUGA